UAAAUCCUGUCAGAAGUGUAUUGUACAACUAAAGACAACGACCACGGGUCAUCUGAGAUUGUCUGGCCUACUGAUAAGCCCAGGAAAAGAUUAGAGAUCACUACUCAAGCAGAAGUUUCCUGAGACUGUCACAAAGAUGCUUGACAUAAAGGCCUGGGCUGAGUCUGUCGUGGAAUGCGCUGCAAAAGACCCAUGUGGCUUCCUUACCACAGUCAUGCUGGCCCUCACUCCACUCUUCCUAGCAAGCGCUGUUCUGUCCUGGAAAUUGGCCAAGAUGACUGAGGCCAAGGAGAAAGAGCAAAAGAAGAAAAAACGUCAAGAAAAUAUUGCCAAAGCUAAACGACUAAAAAAAGAUUAAAGGAAUGGAGAGGUUGUGUAACUGGAGGAAAACCAUUUGGAAAUCCUGCAGCUUUGGAAGGACUCACUAAGGUUUCAUUCAUGUUCAUGGAGGUAUUACUUAAUAAGUUACAUCUGACCAUAUAGGAGAAUCAUGUUCUGACCUCGAUACUGUAGUAGCUUUUAGGCUGGUAUAGAAGUUUGUUGGUUUCUGCCGAAAGUUACUAUGAAUUGGCAUUUACCAUACUGGAGCAUGUUUAAUUUGAAAAUCCAAACCCCUCUCAAAUGUGAAACAUGUGCAGACAUGAUGCUGCAAGUAGCAGGUUCCACACGUGAACUUGUGAAGGGCUGCAGCUAAGAUACAGGAGCACUGAAAAUAACAUUCUCUUCAGGUUAAAUGAGAUGGAGAUGAACUUUGAUUAGACUUGGAUCCCAUCAGCAAGGUAUUAUGCAAAUACUCUUAAGGUCUGAAAAACUAAAAUAUUACUGGUCAUUAUUUCUGUUGAGGGAUGCUCAACUUGUAGUUCUUUAUAACUGACAGCUGGGUGCCAUUUUGCAGCUUAUGUUUUCAAGUGAAAACACUAUAUGAAGAAAAAUGGCUUUAGGACUAUGAACUUGAUUCAAAUACUGGUUUAAAAUGAGGCUCUAUUCUAGAAAUGAAAAGUUUAUGUUGGCUUGAAAGACAUACAGUAUAUUAAUCACAAUUUUAGAAUCAUUCUUUCUUAUUUUUUGGAAUAGAAGCAUUGCUGACUUUUUCUCAAAGGGAAAUGAUAUUAAUGAGUAUGUAUUUUUUUUGCAUUUUUCUCACAUUGACCUUUGAGGUGGUAAUUAUCAAGACAUUUUGCAUUUUAAAUGUAAUUUUAUAAAGAAUUCUCUUACUGGCCAUGUAGAGGACCACCUGCUGGACAUAAUAGUUUUUGUAUUUCAGAGCACUGCCAUUUUCCAAGAUGAGUUGCUGAGAACAGAAACACUGGUGUAAAGCUUGCAGACAAAAUGCCAAGUGCUAUUGUACUUGGGCAUCAGCGUUUCCUUGUGCUUAUGACAGCUGUGAGACAGUUAACAUGUCUUAUCUGGUAAUUUGCUGAGUAUAUAGAUAUGACUUGU